AUGGAUGCCACGGUUGGUCAAAGCUUGUACCCACUGCACCGUACUAAAACAAUUCACCUGGUGAGGCACGCACAAGGGAUUCACAAUGUAGACGGAGAUAAAGACUAUAAUGCUUAUAUGUCUGAAGAACUCUUUGACGCACACCUUACCCCUCUAGGUUGGCAGCAGGUUGAUAAUCUGCGCAAGCACGUUCAUAAAUGUGGGAUCAAUAAGAAGAUUGAAUUGGUCAUCGUUUCCCCUUUGACGAUGCAAACAGCAGUAGGAGUAUUUGGCGGGGAAGGGUAUAUGGAUGGUAUAAAUGCUACUCCGUUGAUGGUGGAAAAUGCAGGGAAAAGUAACCGUUCUGCGAUUUCAAGUUUACACUGCCCUCCAUUUACAGCUGUUGAGCUUUGUCGAGAACAUUUGAUUGAAAGUGAUGAGGAUAUUUUGUGGAAGGCUGAUAUCAGAGAAAAGAACGAAGAAGUUGCAGCCAGGGGACAGAAAUUCUUGAAUUGGUUGUGGACUCGGAAAGAAAAGGAGAUUGCAGUUGUUUCACACAGUGGAUUCUUAUACCAUACCUUAAGUGCUUUUGGAAAUGAUUGUCAUCCAUAUGUCAAAAGUGAAAUAUGCACACAGGCGUGUCUUGCUUGGGCUAAUCAGAUGAAUCUGAUAUUUGUACAUGCAGCUUUGCGAAUUGUGAGCUUCGUUCAGUGGUCAUUGUUGAUAGAGGGAUCAGAUCCGGCAAGAACUAAUUAUCCUGGAAAAAAUCCUCAAGGGCUUGACCUUCCAAGUGAUGUUGCGGAAGAGAUGCAUCCACUGAAAUGA